CCUGAACGACAAAACUCCCACCACCAAACCAGAGAACGUAGGCCGUAGCAGAGCUUCUUGCCGUCUCCGCCAAUUCACCCUAAAAUUCCACCUCCGGGAACCAUUUUUGCGGAUCAUUCAUCUUCUUCCGUCAAAUCUGAUUCAUCGGUCGGGAGUUUCAGUUAUACGGCACAUUGUUCUCGAUUUGCGCCAUUGUAAAAGCUCAAGGAUAUAGAGGUGAUAGUAAUCUUCGCAUCAGAAAAUGGCUACUAUUCAAGAUAUUUCUGCAUCAGCUGCUAUCAAUAUUUUAUCCGUGUUGGGGUUUCUUAUGGGCUUUGCUUUCUUACGGCUCCAACCAGUCAAUGAUAGAGUGUACUUCGCAAAAUGGUACAGAAAGGGCAUAAGAGAAAGCCCCAGGAGUACUGGGGCGGUGAAGAACAUCGUCAAUUUAGACUGGAAAACCUAUGUAAUGUUUUGGACUUGGAUGCCUGCAGCAUUGAGAAUGCCGGAGCCGGAGCUGACUGAUCAUGCAGGGCUUGAUUCUGUUGCGUACAUAAGAAUUUACCUCCUUGGAUUGAAAAUAUUUGUCCCUAUAGCUAUACUUGCUUUUGCAGUAUUGGUGCCUGUCAAUUGGACGGGAAACACGCUAGAUAAGAACAGAGAUCUGACAUACAGUGACAUUGACAAGCUUUCAAUAUCCAAUGUUCCUUCAGGAUCUUUAAGGUUUGUGGCACAUGUAAUAAUGGCGUAUUUAUUCACAUUUUGGACAUGCUAUGUCCUUUACAAAGAAUACGAAAUUGUAACUAUCAAGAGGGUGCGAUUCAUAGCUGCUGAAAAACGUCGUCCGGACCAAUUCACUGUCCUUGUAAGAAGUAUUCCUCCAGAUACUGAUGAAUCAGUUAGCGAGCACGUGGAGCAUUUCUUUUGCGUAAAUCACCCUGGUCAUUAUCUUCAACAUCAGGUCAUAUAUAAUGCAAACCAGCUUGCCAUGUUGGUGGAAGAGUUGAAUAGUUUAAGGAAUUGGCUUACUUACUAUGAAACGUGUUACCAGAGAAACCCAAAAACCAGGCCAACGACAAAGACAGGUAAAUGGGGCCUUUAUGGAAAGACUGUGGAUGCCAUUGACUUCCAUAAAGCAGAAAUAGAAAGGGUACUUAAAGAGGAAGCUGCAGAAAGGGAAAAGGUCAUGAGUGAUCCCAAGUCCAUAGUCCCUGCAGCAUUUGUUUCAUUUCGGUCUCGAUGGGGAGCUGCUGUUUGUGCACAAACGCAACAAUCACGGGAUCCAGUUUUAUGGGUGACAGAAUGGGCUCCAGAGCCACGUGAUGUUUACUGGGAUAAUCUUGCGAUACCAUACGUUCAACUUGCUGUCAACAGGCUGAUAAUUGCUGUAGCCAUGUUCUUUCUCACAUUCUUUUUCAUGAUUCCUAUAGCAUUUGUGCAAUCCUUGGCAAGCAUUGAUGGCAUUGAAAGGGUUUUCCCAUUCCUAAAACCAGUGAUUGAAAUGGAUCGGCUCAAGCCUGUUAUUCAAGGUUUUCUUCCUGGAAUAGCGCUAAAGAUAUUUAUGGCAGUUCUUCCAUUAAUUCUCAUGGCAAUGUCUAAAAUAGAAGGUCACACGUCUCUUUCAACUCUGGACAGAAGAACAGCUGGAAAGUAUCAUUUCUUUAUACUUGUUAAUGUCUUCUUUGGAAGUAUCGUCACAGGAGCAGCAUUCCAGCAGCUUCAUAAGUUUAUUAACCAGUCUGCAUCAGAGAUUCCAAAGACAGUCGGUGUUGCCAUUCCAAUGAAAGCAACAUUCUUUAUAACUUACAUAAUGGUUGAUGGUUGGUCCGGCAUUGCUGUGGAGGUCCUUAGAGUGGUUCCGUUAAUUUUAUUCCACCUCAAAAACACCUUCUUGGUAAAGACAGAUAAGGACAGGGAACAAGCAACUGAUCCUGGUUGUAUAACUUUUCACAUAACGGAGCCUCGCGCACAACUAUAUUUCCUGCUGGGACUUGUGUAUGCAGCAGUCACACCUUUAAUUUUGCCUUUCAUCAUUUCCUACUUUGCCUUUUCCUAUACUAUUUAUCGCCACCAGAUCAUCAACGUAUAUGAUCAGAAGUAUGAGACAGCUGCUGCAUUUUGGCCAGAUGUGCAUCGUCGUAUAAUCACAGGUCUAAUGAUAUCACAAAUUCUGCUGUUAGGACUUCUGAGCACAAAGACUAUUGGCAAAUCAAUUCCGCUAAUACUUCUUAUACUUCCUGUCUUGACCUUCUGGUUUCAUCACUUCUGCAAGGGCCGCUUUGAGUCAGCAUUUCUGAAGUUUCCACUGCAGGAAGCAACGAUAAAAGACACGUUGGAGAGGGCGACAGACCCAAAACUAAACUUGAAAGCUUACCUUCAGGAUGCUUAUGUUCAUCCGGUUUUCAAAGGCGUGGAUAUGGAGGAACCACCGACUGUCGAAGAAGAGGAUAAAAGUUCAAUUGUUUCCACCAAGAGAACAACCAACAGGACUAGUCAAUCAAACAGUCGGUCUACCUCUAGUAGCUUGCGUCCUGAAAUUGUAGAUGAAUCGCCUCCCAGUGUGUGAGGAUUGGCAGUGUGUGUUCUUUCCUUGACUCCUUAUUCUCCUACUGUAAUGCCCCUAGAACAGAAUGUCAAAUGUUUGGGCAAAAUCAUCUUGUUAUAGGAUCCUCAGACUAGAAACAUCGAUAACGACAAAGAGCUUGUAAAUCAUAGCACGACCUGUACCAGAGUGUAACAGCAGGGAAAACUUGCGAAAUUUUGUAUGUUGUUUGCAUGUUUAGAAUCAGGAAUCAGAGAUUGUUGAUUAAC